UAUAUUCUAUUAAUUACUCGUCUCACUGCUUAUACUAUACUUUAAUUGAUUUUGAUAGACAUUUACAUGUAAUGUGUGCUUCAAAUGAGUGAAAAAUUUAUUAUCUAAUUAGUCAUAAAGUCUAGUAUCACUUAAUAUUUAAUUAAUAAUUUAUAAUCAGUAAAAUAAAAUAAUUGAAUUACAAUACAAAAGUAUAGUGAAUUGAAUUGAGUUAAUAUGUCGUGGCAGUCAUACAUCGAUAGUGAGAUCAAAGAUAAGGUUUCAUGCAAUGUGGCCGUCAUUGCCGGCAUAACUGAUGGUCAACUAUGGGGUCAUUAUGUAAAAGAAGGCUUACAACCCAUUAUACCAACAGAAUUGAAGACAAUCGCCGACACAAUGAGAGAUAAUCCCAACUGUUUUCUGGAAAAAGGUAUACAUUUAGGCGGAGAAAAGUAUUUUUGUUUGUCGGCUGAAAACAGUCUAAUCCGUGGCCGCAAAGAUAAUCGGGCGCUUUGUGUUGUGUCAACUAAUGCAACACUGGUUGGGGCCGUCACUGCUGACAACGAACCCCCCGGUAAACUCAAUACUGUCGUUGAAAAACUUGGCGAUUACUUAAAGUCAAUGGGAUAUUAAAGUUUUAAUUAUACAAAAAUCUUAUAUUGAAAAUGUUUUUAAUUCUACAUUUAUUAUAAUGUUUUGAUAUUUUAAAAUAUUAUAUUUAUCUACUAAAUUU